AUGGGCGACUUCCACAGCAAGGCGCAGAAAACCACCAAGCUUAUUGUGAAAGCCAUUACCGACUACUUCAACUCGCAAGAGAAAGAGGCGCGCAUCAAAGACGAGAUCAAGGAACGCGCACGUAUGCGCGCUCUGAUGGAAGACAACGAGGCGGAGUAUCGCAAACUCAUUGACGAGAAAAAGGACAGUCGGUUGGCAGCGCUCCUCAACCAGACCGACAGCUACAUGUCAACGUUAACUGAUUUGGUGCAAGAUCACCAGGUCAAGGAAAGGGUGUCGCGUCGAGAGAGUGAGGCUCGUGCAGCUGGACUGACUACAAAUAAAGACGACAUCUACAAAGAGGAAGUGGAGGCCACCAAAGGCGGUACCGGGGGGUUUGGGCAGGACUCGUAUAUGGCUGUGGCGCACAAGGUCACCGAGCCAGUCCUGACACAACCAAAAAUGCUCGAGAACGGCCAACUCAAGCCGUAUCAGCUGAAGGGUGUGGAGUGGAUGGUGUCGCUAUACAACAACAAUCUCAAUGGGAUUCUGGCUGACGAAAUGGGCCUCGGCAAAACUAUUCAGACGAUCGGACUGAUCUCGUAUCUUAUUGAGGCCAAGCGCGUGAAUGGGCCGUACUUGGUAGCUGUCCCGUUGUCGACCUUGUCCAAUUGGUGGAAUGAGUUCAAUAAAUGGGUGCCCACCAUGAAGGUGUUGCGAUAUAAAGGCGCGCGACAGGAGCGGAAGAAUCUCAAGCCUCAAGUGCUGCAGUGUCAUUACAAUGUGCUGUUGACCACGUACGACUUCGUCAUGAAGGACAAGGCUACGCUUGGCAAGGUGAAGUGGACCUAUCUGAUCAUGGACGAAGGCCACCGCAUCAAGAACAGUGAUUCUAAACUGGUCAAAGUGCUCAAGAAUAGUUACCACAUACCGCAUCGGCUGCUAUUGACUGGAACACCGCUGCAGAAUUCUCUGCCUGAGUUGUGGGGUCUGAUGAAUUUCCUGCUGCCAACUAUCUUUAAUUCGGGUCAGAAUUUCGAUGACUGGUUCAAUGAACCCAUUUCGGCCACAGGCGACAAAGACAUGACUCGAAGACGUGCUGAGUUACAUUGUCUCCAAAUAAUUUUGUUGCAUCUUCAUCUGUGUACUCUCGAAUCUCAUAUCUGUUCACUUUUGGUAUAUAACUUUAGCGUGUGGGGGUUCAUUCGCGUUAAUAUAGUUGAAUGCAAGUAUCUAGUCUCAAAUACCGAGACCGCGCAAAUUAAUCGUAAUCAAAUGGUCAAGUUGAUGAACGAUAACACCAUCAAAACCACCGGCGUCACUAAUGUGCUGAUGGAGAUGCGCAAAGUCUGCAAUCAUCCUUUCCUAGUCAAAGAUUGCGAAGAUAAUAUAUUGAACCAGUACGGCAAUGUGGGGGACCUUAUUUGGAAAACCUCCGGCAAAUUUGAAUUGCUGGACAGAAUUCUACCCAAGUUACGAGCCACUGGUCAUCGAUCGCUGUUGUUCUCACAAAUGACCAAACUACUGGAUGUCCUCGGAGACUAUCUUGACUGGAAGGGUAUCAAAUAUCUUCGACUGGAUGGUACCACGAAGGCCGAUGAUCGUGGGGAAAUGCUGGCACAAUAUAACUCAGACGAGUCCGAAUAUGAGAUCUUUCUCCUCAGUACACGUGCAGGGGGUUUGGGUCUCAACCUGCAGACAGCCGAUACGGUGCUGAUCUUCGACAGUGACUGGAAUCCGCACCAGGAUUUACAGGCGCAAGAUCGCGCCCAUCGUAUCGGGCAGAAGAACGAGGUCCGUGUCUUGCGGUUCGUCAUGUGUAACAGUGUGGAGGAGAUUAUGCUGGAAGCCGCCACUCGCAAGCUUAACAUGGACAAGCGUAUCAUCCAGGCCGGAAGAUUUGAUCAGCAGACUACAGCCAUGGAGCGACGUGACAUCCUUGAGCAGGUUUUAAAGAGUCAACAACACGACUCAGACACUGAAAGCGAAAGCGAAAAUGACGAGGACGAGCAGGACGACGAAGAUGUGGAGCGCGACGAGCAGGGCAAUGUCCAAAAAAACAAGUGGAGUGGCAACAGUAAGAGCGUGCGUUACCACAAUUGGGACGAAAUCAACGAUUUUCUUGCGCGUUCCGAUGAGGAGAAAGCCAUUUUUGAGGACAUGGACCGAGAGUUACAAGAGAAUGAAUCUAUUUAUAGAAUCACAGACCGCUUCAUCAAGAAGGAGGACAUUCCGGAAGUGUACCGCAAAACGGGGGCUGAGGUCAGGACGCUACUUCUUACGAAAGAACCUGAAUAUGGCAGGGGUGUCAGAGAGCGAGAGGCCGUGUCAUAUGACGAGAACGUGUCUGAGAAGGAUUACUUCUCUGCUGUUGACAAGGGCAUAUCCGUGUCGGAAAUGAGGGAGCGACGCGAGGCGAAGAAGAGACGGCUGAACCCAGAAGACGCCGAAGUGGAGGACCCUUUUGGAGAGACACCGCCGCGCGUUGCGAGCCCGGACCCUUUUGGUGAAACACCGCCACCUCCUGAAGUGGAGGAACCUGCCGACGAACCACAAAUCGACUUGCAGCUUGGAUCUGGAUCCGAAUCGGAAAGGCCGCCAAUUCAAAAAAUCAAAAUACCGUUUAAACGAGACAGGACAAAAAAGGAGAGGUUAAAGGACAAGGAUAGACCGAAGGAUAAAGACAGGGAACGAAGCAAGAGUCGGAAUAAGGACCGCAGCAAAAGCAGAGACAGGCACGAGUCCAAAAACAAACGUAAGGAUAAAAAGGAAAGCGUACCUGAUCAUAGUGGCAACAACAGUGCGGAUGCUUCUGAAACUGGUACGGAAAAUGCCAAUAACGGGACAGACUAUACUUAUAAUAAUAAGUACGCGCACAGCUCUCGCCGGGAUCGAUCUAGGACGUCACGGAAACGAAAGCAAGCGUCGCAAAAUAGUGGUGGCGAAGACGAAUAUAAUGACCAUUGCACGCCCAAAGAAAUGGGGCUGAUCAUGAACUAUAUCAGGCGGCAGGAUCAUGGGCAACUCACAGAAGCCUUCGAGGUGCUUCCCAGCCCCCAGGAUGUACCUGGGUACUACGAUGUUAUAAACGACCCAAUUGCGCUCAAGCAUGUACAGCUUCCACAUUGCCUCAGGAACGUAUUGAUACCGGAGUGUACACAUCUCGCCAAGGAUUAAGGGAGGAUAUCGAAUUACUAGUGAAUAACGCACAUAUGUUCAAUCCAGAGGACAGUCAGAUAUGUAAGAAUGCCAGCAAGAUACUGAAAGCGUUUUUCAAGGGAUGUGAAAAAGUGGAUCGCAAACGGAUGCGCAAAGUAAAGCGCCAGCGAGCCGCCGAUGAUUUAGCGGCGGAAGAACCUCAAAAAAUAUCAUUUAAAUUGCUGCAACCACACAAGCAACCACGGGAGGAUUCCGGGGGUGACAAAGAUGAUGAGAGUGACGAAGAUCGGCCCAAACCUUCCACGGGACCAAAAUUAUCAUUCCUCUUCAAGCAACCUAAACGCAGACCGCCCUCUGAUGAAGAGGACUAUUAAAGAGCGGGCCAUACAAUAGAGAAUAUAUCAGACGUAGUAUCUAUCGAACAAGAAGGCAUGUCACUUUCUAGCAUUCGUGUACGCACUCGAAGUUCAUGGUUUGCCAUGAUAUGGACUUCUGCAUAGUAUAGUCUAUCUCAUGAGUCCAGGCAUCAGCGUAAGUCAACCCUUAAAACCCUCAAAUCAGCGUAAGGCCCGCACGUUGGUAUCCCAAGACGGAGUGGGUUGCUUCCAACAGGUAUUAUCGAGCAACGACAAACGUGCUAUCGCUACCACAGCACGAAGGCCGGUCACCAACACAAUACGACCUCGGAAGUAUUAUUCUCAGUAUGUACUAAAUGCCGAGUAUCACGAUCUCCAGACAACGACUACGAGCAAGUUUCUAUUCAUGUGUGUUAUUAGAACUGGAAAAAAAUAGUCGAGGACCUAGC